AGGAAGCACUGGAUGUGAACAAGAGUAUGUUAUAUUCUCUGAUGAGAGCAGGGCCAUUGGCUGGGUUGGGCUGGGUGCACACGUGACUGGAAUGUGGCUGUAUUGGCUCUGGCUCUAGCGCAGACAUUGAGUACAGGAAGGUACUGGGUGUUGAAGACUGAAUGGAGGUGCAGUCGGCGUCGGAGAUGGGGUCCUGGGGUAGCCCAGAAUGGCUGCAGUGUCAUAUGAUCAGUUGUUAAAACAAGUAGAGGCGUUAAAAAUGGAGAACUCAAACCUUCGACAAGAACUGGAAGAUAAUUCAAAUCAUCUUACAAAACUGGAAUCUGAAGCAUCUAAUAUGAAGGAGGUGCUGAAGCAGCUGCAAGGAAGUAUUGAAGAUGAGGCAAUGGCUUCAUCUGGACAGAUUGAUUUGCUGGAACGUCUUAAAGAAUUGAACUUGGACAGCAAUAACUUCCCUGGAGUGAAGUUAAGGCCAAAGAUAUCAAUGCGUUCAUAUGGAAGCAGGGAAGGAUCGGUUUCUAGUCGAUCAGGAGAGUGCAGCCCUGUUCCCAUGGGGUCAUUUCCCAGAAGAGGUUUUAUGAAUGGAAGCAGAGAGAGCACUGGUUAUCUGGAAGAAUUAGAGAAAGAAAGAUCUCUCUUGCUUGCUGAGCUUGAAAAGGAAGAAAAAGAAAAAGACUGGUAUUAUGCUCAGCUUCAGAAUCUUACAAAGAGGAUAGAUAGUCUUCCUCUUACUGAAAACUUCUCCUUACAGACAGAUAUGACCAGAAGACAAUUGGAGUAUGAGGCAAGGCAGAUUAGAGCUGCUAUGGAAGAACAGCUAGGUACUUGCCAGGACAUGGAGAAGCGAGCCCAGGAGAGAGUAACUAGAAUUCAACAAAUUGAGAAAGACAUCCUACGCAUAAGACAGCUCCUGCAGUCCCAAGUCGCUGAAGCAGAGAGGGCACCUCCAAGCAAGCAUGAUGCAGGCUCGCAUGAAGCGGAGAGGCAAAAUGAAGGUCAAGGAGCAGCAGAAAUCAGUGUGGCAACUGCUGGCAGUAGCCAGGGUUCAGCUGCUCGGAUGGACCAUGAGACAUCCAGUGUUAUGAGUUCUAAUAGUAGUUACUCUGUUCCUCGAAGAUUGACAAGUCACCUGGGUACCAAGGUUGAAAUGGUGUAUUCAUUGUUGUCAAUGUUGGGUACUCAUGAUAAAGAUGACAUGUCACGGACUUUGCUAGCUAUGUCUAGCUCCCAGGACAGCUGCAUAGCUAUGCGCCAGUCUGGAUGUCUUCCCCUCCUCAUUCAACUUCUACAUGGCAACGAUAAAGACUCUGUUUUGUUGGGAAACUCCCGAGGCAGUAAGGAGGCCCGUGCCAGAGCUAGUGCAGCUCUACAUAAUAUCAUUCACUCCCAACCUGAUGAUAAGCGAGGCAGGCGAGAAAUACGUGUCCUCCAUCUUUUAGAACAAAUCCGAGCUUACUGUGAAACGUGUUGGGAAUGGCAAGAAGCACACGAUCAGGGCAUGGACCAGGACAAAAAUCCAAUGCCAGCUCCAGUUGACCAUCAGAUCUGUCCUGCAGUAUGUGUUUUAAUGAAGCUUUCAUUUGAUGAAGAGCAUAGGCAUGCAAUGAAUGAACUUGGGGGAUUGCAGGCCAUUGCAGAAUUGCUGCAGGUGGACUGUGAGAUGUAUGGGCUUACUAAUGACCAUUAUAGUGUCACCUUAAGACGCUAUGCUGGAAUGGCUCUGACAAAUUUAACUUUUGGAGAUGUAGCCAAUAAGGCCACAUUAUGUUCUAUGAAGGGUUGCAUGAGAGCACUUGUAGCCCAGUUAAAAUCUGAAAGUGAAGAUUUGCAGCAGGUCAUUGCAAGUGUCUUGAGAAAUUUGUCUUGGCGAGCAGAUGUGAAUAGUAAGAAGACACUGCGCGAGGUUGGAAGUGUGAAAGCACUGAUGGAGUGUGCUCUGGAAGUUAAAAAGGAAUCUACCCUAAAAAGUGUAUUGAGUGCCUUAUGGAAUUUGUCAGCACAUUGCACUGAGAAUAAAGCUGAUAUAUGUGCUGUGGAUGGUGCUCUUGCCUUUUUAGUUGGCACACUGACAUAUCGGAGCCAAACAAAUACUUUAGCCAUUAUUGAAAGCGGAGGAGGAAUACUGCGAAAUGUCUCUAGCUUGAUUGCUACAAAUGAAGACCACAGACAAAUUCUAAGAGAGAACAGCUGCUUGCAAACCCUGUUACAUCACUUGAAAUCUCACAGCUUGACAAUAGUCAGUAACGCCUGUGGAACCCUAUGGAACCUCUCUGCACGGAAUGCGAAGGACCAAGAAGCAUUGUGGGACAUGGGAGCAGUUAGCAUGCUCAAAAAUCUCAUCCAUUCAAAGCACAAAAUGAUAGCCAUGGGCAGUGCUGCAGCUCUAAGGAACCUAAUGGCAAACAGACCUGCAAAAUAUAAAGAUGCUAACAUCAUGUCUCCAGGUUCAAGCUUGCCAUCUCUUCAUGUCAGAAAGCAAAAAGCACUGGAAGCAGAGUUAGAUGCUCAACAUUUAUCUGAGACUUUCGACAACAUUGAUAACUUAAGUCCCAAAACAUCUCAUCGUAACAAGCAAAGACAUAAACAGAAUCUGUACAGUGAAUAUGUUUUAGAUGGCAAUCGACAUGAAGAUGGAGUUUGCAGGUCAGAAAAUUUUAAUAGUGGUAACAUGACUGUUCUUUCUCCUUAUUUAAACACGACGGUGUUGCCUGGUUCCUCUUCCUCAAGCAGAGGGAAUACAGAGAGUUCUCGGUCUGAAAAGGACAGGAGCUUGGACAGAGAGCGUGCAGUGGGAUUAAGCAGUUAUCAUUCAGGAACAGAAAAUUCUGGGAGCUCUUCUAAACGAAUAGGAAUGCAGGUUUCUACUGCUGCAGCCCAAAUUUCUAAAGUAAUGGAAGAAGUAACAAGUAUGCAUAUUCCACAAGAAGACAGAAGCAAUGGAUCUCUGACUGAAAUGCACUGUUUGUCAGAAGACAGGAAUGCUUUAAGAAGAACAUCCACUGCCCAUUCUCACACAAAUAGCUACAACUUUUCUAAAUCCGAGAACAGGACAUGUCCUGUACCUUACGCAAAAGUGGAGUAUAAGAGAGCCUCUAAUGAUAGCUUAAACAGUGUCAGUAGCAGUGAUGGAUAUGGUAAAAGAGGACAAAUGAAGCCUAUUGAGUCUUAUUCUGAAGAUGAAGAAAGUAAAUUUUGCAGUUAUGGGCAGUAUCCUGCUGAUUUAGCCCAUAAAAUACACAGUGCUAAUCACAUGGAUGACAAUGAUGGAGAACUAGACACUCCAAUAAACUAUAGUUUAAAAUAUUCUGAUGAGCAGUUAAAUUCCGGAAGGCAAAGUCCAUCACAGAAUGAAAGAUGGGCAAGACCCAAGCAUAUAAUAGAAGAGGAAAUAAAGCAAAAUGAACAAAGACAGUCCAGAAGUCAAAGUGGAGCAUACCCUGUAUAUGCUGAGAGUGGUGAUAAUAAACACAUGAGCUACCAGUCAGCUUUUGGACAACCAGAAUGUGUCUCUCCUUUCAGAUCAAGAGAAUCCAACAGCUCAGAACAAAACAGAGCAGGCUGCAGUCAUGGAAUAAAUCCAAAGGUGAACCAGUCCUUAUGUCAAGUUGAUGAUUACGAGGAUGAUAAGCCAACCAAUUAUAGUGAGCGUUACUCUGAGGAGGAACAGCAUGAGGAAGAAGAUCAUCCAACUAACUAUAGCAUAAAAUACAGUGAAGAGGAGCACCAUGUAGAUCAGCCUAUUGAUUACAGUCUCAAAUAUUCAACAGAUGUUCCUCCUUCUGCACAGAAGCCAUCUUUUUCUUUUUCAAAAAGUCCAUCAGUACAGAGUACUAAAACGGAUCACAUUUCGUCAAGCAGUGGAAAUACCUCAACUUCUGCUGGCUCAAAGAGGCAUAACCAACUUCAUCCAAAUGCUGCUCAGAGUAGAGCAGGUCACACCCAGAAACCUGCAUCUUGCAAAGCACCCUCCAUCAACCAGGAAACAAUACAAACUUAUUGUGUGGAAGAUACACCAAUAUGUUUUUCAAGAUGUAGCUCUCUGUCAUCUUUGUCAUCAGCUGAAGAUGAAACAGGGCGUGAUCAAGCCACACGUGUAGCAGAUACUGAUAACUCUCUGAAGAUAGUGGGAAUGAAAGAAAAUAGUGGGAGUCUAUCUGCAGCGGGCACAGUAAAUGAAGCCUCAUCAGCCUCUCAGCACAUUAGAACAAAAUCAAACAGACUUCAAGCUUCUAGUCUAUCUCCUUCUGAUUCAGCAAGACAUAAAGCUGUUGAGUUUUCUUCGGGUGCCAAAUCUCCUUCGAAGAGUGGUGCUCAGACUCCUAAGAGCCCACCAGAACAUUAUGUGCAGGAGACCCCACUCAUGUUUAGUAGGUGCACCUCUGUAAGUUCCUUAGAUAGUUUUGAGAGCCGUUCAAUUGCUAGCUCUGUUCAAAGUGAACCUUGCAGUGGGAUGGUAAGUGGUAUUAUAAGCCCAAGUGACCUUCCAGAUAGUCCUGGGCAAACAAUGCCACCAAGCAGAAGUAAAACCCCACCUCCUGCACAAGUGGCACAAGUAAAGAGAGAAGCAGCCAAAACUAAAGUUCCCAAUACCGAAAAAAGAGAAUCUGGACCAAGACAAACAGCUGUAAAUACAGCUGUUCAAAGAGUACAGGUAUUGCAAGAUGCUGACACAUUGUUACAUUUUGCUACAGAAAGUACACCAGAUGGGUUUUCUUGUUCAUCAAGCCUAAGCGCUUUGAGUCUUGAUGAGCCAUUUAUACAGAAAGAUGUAGAGUUAAGAAUAAUGCCCCCUGUACAUGAAAAUGACCACGGGAAUGAAGCAGAAGUUGAACAGCCAAAUGAUAUAAAGGAUAAUCAAGAGAAGAAGAAAGAAAAGCCCACAGAAACUGAAAAAGAUAUAUUGGAUGAUUCAGAUGAAGAUGAUAUUGAAAUAUUGGAGGAAUGUAUUAUUUCUGCGAUGCCAACAAAAUCUUCACGUAAAGCCAAAAAGCCUUCACAGGUAACUGCUUCGAAAAUACCUCCACCUGUAGCCAGAAAACCAAGCCAGCUGCCUGUGUAUAAACUUCUCCCUUCUCAGAGUAGGUUACAUUCUCAAAAGCAUGUUAGUUUUACACCUGGAGAUGAUAUGCCACGUGUUUAUUGUGUGGAGGGAACACCAAUAAACUUCUCAACAGCUACAUCUCUGAGUGAUCUCACAAUAGAAUCACCACCAAAUGAAUUGGUCAGUACAGAAACUGCUGGUACAGGGAUAGAAUCAGCUGAAUUUGAAAAGAGAGAUACCAUUCCCACAGAAGGCAGAAGUACUGAUGAUGCUCGUGGGGGAAAACAUUCAACUGGGGCUACUGUUGGGUUGGAUGAUGACAAAGCAGAAGAAGGUGAUGACAUUCUUGCCGAAUGUAUUAAUUCUGCUAUGCCAAAAGGGAAAAGCCACAAACCUUUCAGAGUGAAAAAGAUAAUGGAUCAAAUUCAGCAAGCAUCCACAUCUUCAUCAGUAAGUACUAAAAACCAACUUGAAGUUGAGAAAAAGAAACCAACAUCACCAGUAAAACCCAUGCCCCAAAGUAAUGAAUACAGAGCACGCUUACGAAAAGCCUCAGAACCAAAAAGUAAUUUUAGUAAUGAAAGGACCCAUACCAACAACAAAGAUACAAAGAAACAAAACCUUAAAAAUAGCACAAGGGACUUUAGUGAUAAACUUCCAAAUAAUGAAGAGCGUACAAGAGGAAGCUUUGCAUUUGAUUCUCCCCACCAUUACACUCCAAUUGAGGGAACUCCAUAUUGUUUUUCAAGGAAUGACUCCUUGAGUUCUCUAGACUUUGAUGACGAUGUGGAUCUUUCGAGGGAAAAGGCAGAACUGAGAAAGGGGAAGGAAAGUGAAAUUAAAUCCAGUGCUAAUACAGAACAGAUCUCAAAUCAACAGUCAGCCAGCAGAACACAAGCUUGCCAAAAACACACUCCAGCAGGAAGAAAUCAACCAAAACCUCUGGUGCCGAAACAGACCCCUUUCUCUCAGUCAUCCAAAGAUAUUGCAGAUAGGAGUGCAGCGACAGAUGAGAAAACACAAAAUUUUGCAAUAGAAAAUACUCCUGUUUGUUUCUCUCGUAAUUCUUCUCUGAGUUCUCUCAGUGAUAUUGAUCAAGAAAACAACAAUAAAGAAAGUGAACCUAUAGAACAAAUAGAACCAUCUGAUGCACAGAUAGAAUCAAACAGACCACAGGUUUCAGGCUAUGCUCCUAAAUCAUUUCAUGUUGAAGAUACUCCAGUAUGUUUUUCAAGGAACAGUUCCCUCAGUUCUCUUAGUAUUGACUCGGAAGAUGAUCUUUUGCAGGAAUGUAUUAGCUCUGCCAUGCCUAAAAAGAAAAAGCCUUCAAGAGCAAAAGGGGACAUUGAAAAACAUAGCUCUAGAAACAUGGGAGGCAUUUUGGCAGAAGACCUAACAUUAGAUUUGAAAGAUAUUCAGAGGCCUGAUUCAGAGCAUGGUUUCUCACCAGAUUCAGAGAAUUUUGACUGGAAAGCUAUUCAAGAAGGUGCAAAUUCUAUAGUUAGCAGCUUGCAUCAAGCUGCUGCUGCAGCAUCACUAUCUAGGCAAGCUUCAUCAGACUCUGAUUCAAUUCUUUCAUUAAAAUCUGGAAUUUCCUUAGGAUCACCUUUUCAUCUUACACCAGACCAAGAAGAAAAACCUUUUACUAGUAAUAAGGGUCCAAGAAUUAUUAAACCAGGAGAGAAAGGUACACUGGAAACUAAGAAAGUAGACUCUGAAAAUAAAGGUAUCAAAGGAGGAAAGAAAGUGUAUAAAAGUAUGAUUACAGGUAAAGCACGUUCUAAUUCUGAACUUACAAGUCACUUGAAGCAGCCUUUGCAAACAAAUAUGCCCUCAAUCUCCCGAGGUAGGACAAUGAUUCAUAUUCCUGGCGUUCGAAAUAGCUCUUCAAGUACAAGUCCAGUUUCUAAAAAAGGGCCACAAUUAAAGAGUACAGCUUCCAAAAGCCCUAAUGAAAGCCAGUGUUCUGCUAGUUCUCCCAGAGUAACCAAACCGUCUGUGAAAUCUGAGCCAAGCCCUAUAUCCAGACAACCAUCACAACAGGGUGGAUCAAGUAAAGGACCCUCUAGGUCGGGAUCUAGAGAUUCUACACCUUCUAGACCACAACAGCAACCUUUAACCAGACCUCUGCAGUCUCCUGGCCGAAAUUCAAUUUCACCAGGCAGAAAUGGCAUAAGUCCUCCUAAUAAACUCUCCCAACUGCCAAGAACAUCAUCUCCAAAUACAGCUUCUACCAAGUCUUCAGGUUCAGGAAGAAUGGCAUACACAUCACCAGGCAGACAGAUGAGCCAGCAAACUGUGGCAAAACAAACAGGGUUGCCUAAAAGUACUAGUGGCAUUCCUAGGAGUGAAUCUGCCUCAAAAGGACUAAACCAAGUGUCUGGUAUCAGUGGAUCAAGCAAAAAGGCUGAAUUAUCUAGAAUGUCAUCCGCUAAGUCCAGUGGGAGUGAAUCUGACAGAUCAGAGAGACCUGUUCUAGUCCGCCAGUCAACUUUUAUUAAAGAAACUCCAAGUCCCACGCUAAGAAGGAAAUUAGAAGAGUCUGCCUCAUUUGAAUCUUUGUCUCCUUCUAGACCAGACUCUCCCACCCAAUCCCAAACGCAGACCCCAGUUCUAAGCCCAUCACUUCCUGACAUGUCUUUAUCUACUCAUUCAGCCAUCCAAGCUAGUGGCUGGCGAAAGUUACCUCCUAACCUAAGCCCUUCUUUAGAGUACAAUGACGGGAGGCCAACAAAACGGCAUGACAUAACUCGAUCUCACUCUGAGAGUCCUUCCAGACUGCCAAUUAACAGAUCAGGGACAUGGAAGCGUGAGCACAGUAAACAUUCCUCAUCACUUCCUCGUGUAAGCACUUGGAGAAGGACUGGAAGUUCUUCUUCAAUUCUUUCAGCUUCUUCAGAAUCCAGUGAAAAGGCAAAAAGCGAGGAUGAAAAGCAGCAUGCAAGUUCUUUUUCUGGACUCAAACAAGCUAAAGAGAGUCAAGCACCAACAAAAGGUACUUGGAGAAAGAUAAAGGAAAAUGAAAUUCCUCAGAUAAUGACAAGUCCACCUCAGAAUACCUCAUCAGGUGCUACUAAUGGUGCUGAUUCAAAAACUUUAAUUUACCAGAUGGCACCUGCUGUCUCCAAGACAGAGGAUGUGUGGGUGAGGAUUGAGGACUGUCCUAUUAAUAAUCCCAGAUCUGGAAAAUCUCCCACAGGAAACACUCCCCCCAUUAUUGACAGUGUUUCAGAGAAAGGGAAUGUGAGUAGUAAAGAUUCUAAAGAUCUUCAUGGAAAACAAAGUGCAGGGAAUGGAAAUGUCCCUGUUCGUACCAUGGGGUUAGAAAACCAUCUGAAUUCAUAUAUUCAGUCAGAUAGUCCAGACAAGAAAGGACCAGAAACUAAAGCUUUGCUGAGCAAUCCUAUCCCUGCCCCAGAGACUAAUGAAAGCACUGUUAAUGAACGUACACCAUUCAGUUCCAGCAGCUCAAGCAAACAUAGUUCGCCUAGUGGUGCAGUUGCAGCACGAGUGACUCCUUUCAACUAUAAUCCCAGCCCUAGAAAAAGCAGCGUGGAUAAUAGUUCGGCUCGGCCAUCACAGAUACCAACACCAGUAAAUAACAGUACAAAAAAACGAGAUUCAAAGACUGAAAAUACAGAUUCAAGUGGCGCUCAAAGUCCUAAGCGCCAUUCUGGAUCUUACCUGGUGACUUCUGUUUAAUGAAAGAUUCUGAUGUAUUAUGCUGUAUGUGGAACUUUUUAAUGAAACUAUACAUUUUUUCGUGUUGUAAAUAGGUUUGAUUCUUGUAGAGGUCCUUGUUCUGGAAGCCAUAUUUGAUAUUCUUUGUCUUCACUGAUAAGAUUUGAGGGAUUCCCGAUUGAUAAUUUAGCAAUAAAAUUGCUAAAGUGAUUAUAUUUGUACAGUAUGUUUUACAUAUAUUUAAUUAACAUCCCAUACCUUUAAUUGUUUUGGUGGGGUGGGGGAUUCAGGAAAAAUGAACAGAGAUUAAAGAAAUAAUACUAUUACUGUAUCACUCAUUUCUAGAUUAGCAAAAUGACUAAACUACAUCAGGGAGAAAUUGGUAUUUAUGCAAAAAAGAAAAUAUUAAAAUACUCCAUCUUAGUAUUUGUGAAGCCACCAAACCUUAUAAUUAAUCAUGUGGCUGUGAAAUUCACAGUAAUAUGGUUUCUGCUGAACAAGCCUGUUUUUUCUGCAUGGAUAGAACUGAUGGUUCAUUUCUGAAAUGAUUAACAUUUCUGUGGUCACAUAACGUGCAUAGAUAGUUAUGGUGUAAUGAUUACCUUUUGGUUUUGUGCUCUGCAAAAAAGAAAAAGAAAAAAGGCAAUCUGUGUAUGUGUAAACCUUGAACAAAGUUAUUUUACCAGAACUAGAUUUUAACUGACAGUAGGUAGGAUUUUUGCUAUGCUGUAACUUGUUGUAUAUUCUGGUAUUUGAGGUGAGAUGGCUGCUCUUUUAUUAAUGAGACAUGGGUGAGGUCUCAACAGAACUAAAUGAACAUUUCAGAAUAAAUUAUUACUGUAUGUACAUUCUGUUGUGUGUUACUUUUACAGUGCAUAAGAAAAUCAAUGUUUAAUUUUGGUAUUUUUGAGAAAUUCUCUUUGUAUGAUGUACUAAUGCACUUACUCAAAAGGCUUGUUGGGGAUAAUCUACAUUCCAUUGAAGUCAGUGGCAGCAUUCACAUAGAUUUUAAUGGAUCUGGAUUGAACCCACUACCUGUUACAGUCACACACUGGUUCUCUUCCAGUUUAUAGUAGCUUUUAAUAUACACACGUAACAGCUGUAGCAUUGGAUAAAGCAUUGAUGUUUUCAGUUGAGAUUUUAAUUGGUUCCAGGUACAAAAAGAGGCUAAAAGAAGUACUUCCAUAGUUUUCAUAUUGCACAGCCUAGAAUGCUAUUCUGUGUACAAGUAAGAGUUUUUUAAAAAAUUGGGGGGGGGGAGAUAUUUGAGAUAGAAACCCUGUUUCAAGUAUUUCUUAAUUUAGGUUUGUUUGUUUUUAAUUUGGGUAAUACACUAGAGACUAAUAUACUAAAAGUGUCUUAGUAAAAAAUACGAUUUGUACAUUAUGCCGCUCUGGAUAAACCAACUUUGUAUUCAUUUAUGCUUUGACUUUAGAGACCUUCAUUAGACUGUUUACAACAGAAGUACUCUGCUAAACUUAAGUGCCUCUAUACAACAAUAGCAAAAUGCGUGUGCACAUGCUUAAUUAAGAUAGUAGUAAACAAGUCAAGUGUGUAUCUCAGGCUGUUUUCCAUUUUUACAAUCAUUCAUGUAUUUGUUUGGUAGAAGGGUUCAGAAUCUGCUUACAAAUGUUCUCAAAUAUGCCAAUUUAAUUGAUAAUACAAAGCAGUGCUUCUCACUGUAUAGCAUUCUAGACCCAAGUGCUCUAGUAUGAAUUUUACCUUUUGAAAAGAGAUAUUAACCUACAUUAAGCUAAAUUGGGGUUAACAGCAUGCAUUUUCAAACUAUGCAGUGGCAUGGCUUUCACAUAACACUAAACUAUACUUUAGCAUUAUGAGGACGAGCAACAGCAAGCCUUCGUCUGAUGUGCUCCCUACUAUCCUCCCCUUGGGUGCAGCUACAAGUAGGAGAUUGGAAACUUCCACUCCUGUUUUAGAUUAACCACAGUUUACUGUUGCAUCCAAACUCUUAAGUUGUGGUAAAUGUUAAUUAUGGUUAAUGAAAACAAGCCAGUCUCAUAAACGAUGGUUUGAAAUCGACUUGUUUCUACUAAGUAUAGUUAUGAUUAACUGUCAUUUACCUUAGUUCAGACAAAACAACAAGCUUGCAGUUAGCCUAAAACAGAAACAAAAGCUUCCAAAUUCCUCAUUGCCGAGCUGGAGUUGUGGAUAGGCGGUAGCAUGUGCCUUGAAACAUUCAACCAAGACUUAGCAUUAUACACAAACACAGCUUUUUCUUAAAUCCUCCCCGGCUUAAAAUAUGUACAUCACAAAGAUGAAUUGGUCAGUUCAAUAAUGCUUUGAAAUUCCAAUCACAAGAACAGAGUACUUUAUAUAUCAUAAUACUUUAAUUCCCUAUUAAGACCAUAAAAAUAUGUUGGCUUAAAUAUAGGUUGUCCCUUAAAAGGUAUUGUUAGAAAAUAACUCCCGUUUCCUGAUUCUCUAUUAAAAAGAUUACAUGUAUUUCUUGUACUCUUUGCCUUUUAACUGGGCAUAUAUAGUGGCAUACCAUAUUGGUAGAAUAUCUUACGUGGACACGAACCCCGCCUGAAAUACAGUCUUUGUGACACAUUUAGGUAUAUGUUUCAAUGUACUUCAUAUACAACAUCCAAUAUGGACCAAUACACAAGAUCAGUAUUUGUUCAUCAGUAUGAGUUGCUUCCGUUUCCCCUGCCUCAGCUGUUACUAAAAUAAAUUUGGGAAUACAGCUGGAGGGCGGGGGAGAAGGCCUACAAGGGGGUUGCAUGCAUCUACUGCUGUGGCUACCAAGCUUUAAUGGCAACAUGAUGUCACUGAUGCUAACGCUGUUAAAUUUGUACAUGCUGAUUACUGCUAUUUUUACUUCUUCUGAAUUUAAUCACUAGUUUAUAUGAAUGAUGCACCGCACAGAAUGGGCAAAACCAAGUCAAGAAAUUAAGACUUCUUUUAAAAAAAAAUCAACUGAUUCUUUUAAAGCUUUUCUGCUUCAUUCCUCAGCUGUGGUAAUAAGAAUUGUAUUAAUUUUCUGUACUUCCUUAAUUAUAUGUAAAAGCCAAAAGCUUUCCUUUUGUUAUUUAAUUCUGACUUAUAUUGAAAUAAACAAAUUAUUUGACAGACCUAAGUUCAUGGUAAAAAAAAAAGCCCAGGAAAAACAAAUGUGCAAAUAGUAAUGUUUUUCUUUUCUUUUCUUCUUUUUUUACAAGAAGCAAACUUUUUUGGUUGCAACGUAUGUGGCAUAUAGAGAUAUUUAUUUUAAGGUUGUGACCAUAUCUGUAUUUUAGGCCUAUUAAUGCCCAUACCUUUUCUUUUAAGAGUAUUCAUUGAAUUGUGACCUUCAAUUUGUGUUUUCAAUUAAUUUAUUGUUUCAAGUUCUGUACUUUUAUCUUCUAUAAUAUGCUUUCUCAUAAACCUGUAAGUUGCUCGUUACAAUUCGUUAUGUACUGACAAUGUAAAAGCUCAGUAUUCUGAUAAUUUUUAUAUCGCUUUGAAAAACCAACCAUGACUUCAGAGAUCUGAGGUAGAUGUUUUAAAAGUAGUAUCUCUGACUAUUAAUAUGUUUGAGAAACUUAACUUUCUUUGUAUAUUUUAAUGUGUGAAAGCAAAAAAAUUAAAAAUUGGAAUUUUGUGUUUAACAGAACUUAAUUCAUAACUGUAUAGUUGGAUAACUUUUUAAUUCCUCAAAGUUGCCUAUGGGUCUUGUAAAUUAAAAUAUUCCAAAGUGA